AUGCUCUACACCAAAGACGGCAACAAUUCUCUCAAGUGUGUGUUGAAGCAGCGCAUGGGAGACAACGACAUGGAUUCAGAUGACACCAUGGCGUUGUCUCAGCGCUCCUGCGAGCUUCCAACUAUGCAAUUUGUGGGAGGUGACCGGUACUUAUCAAGAGAUUUCAUUGACAGUUUCAUUGGUAAGUCCUUUGUUGUCUUAACUAAUUCUUUGCAAUUCACUCAAACUCAGGAUAACCCAUGUGCUGGCCGGUGGAAGAACAUGAAGGACAAGAAGACUAGAAAAAUGUGGGGUGUUUUUGACGAAUCUGGAAUAUUCAUGGUGGUUUGUCGCCAUGGGUAUUGGAGUUUGAGUUUCCAUUCUUGGGCUGAUUAA